AUGACUAGCUUUUUUUCUUGUCAAAUAAGAUUUUACCAGGGAUAUCCAUAUCCAGAUGAAAAUCAACAGCACCUACUGGGGAUGGAAUUAGGAUUGGAGCCUAUAAAUAUAAAAUAUUGGUUCGAGAACAAGAGAACUCAAAUACAGAUUGGAAGGGUGACAAAUCUCAUAGAAAAUUUCAUUGGUAAUCCUGAAUUAAGUUUGGCAUGCAACAUACCAAGUGGAAGUGACAACCUUAUCUCUACAAUUGAUUAUUUGGCUAAAAAUGGCAAUGUUGACAAUCUUGACUCUGUUAACUUGCUAAAUGCUCAUCCAGAGUUUGAAAAGAUAGUUAUGGCUAAGAAUGCGGCACGUGCCAUGGAAGAGCUCAUUGAUCAUUUAAUCAAUGAUAAUCCCUUUUGGAUAAAAUUUCAAAACAAUGGGAAUUAUGAGUUUGAUAGUAACAACUAUGACAAAUUUUAUUAUGGGUCUAAAAUACAAAGGGAUCCAAAAUCAAGAGUGGAGUACUCAAAGUAUUCUGAUAUAGUUACCAUGAAUGCCAAAGUGCUAGUUGAUCUCCUCUUAGAUUCAGAUCAAUGGGUUGAUAACUUUCCUACCAUUAUUUCGAAAGCAACAACUGUUAGUGUAAUAGAAGCUGGUUCAUUAGAUAAUCGAAGUGGCUCCCUACAGCUGGUUUACAAGAAAAUGCAUAGUUUACCACCAAUAAAUCGGCCAAGGGAAUAUACAUUACUUCAACAUUGCCAAGAAAUUAAGACCGGUUUAUGGGUUAUCGUAAAUGUUUCCUAUAAUAUGUUUGGAGGUACUUAUCAUAAUGCCCCGAUUCAUUAUUGGAAGCAUCCAUCUGGAUGGAUGAUUGAACAACUGCCUAACGGAAUUUCUAAGCCUAUGAAUCCUAAUGAGAGAAGUGAAAUGAUCUUUCAAGAAAUCAUGACAGGACCGUAUGAAUCGUUAAUAGUAUAUGCAGCAAUCAACGAACAAAACAUGAUAGGAGUAACUAAUGGCAUGGACUGCUCAAGUAUUCCAAUUCUUGCCUCUGGUUUUGCGAUCACACCUAAUGUUAUUGGUGGAAGAGCUGCACCAUCAGCCAGUUCGAGUGUUACACAUUUAGGUGGUUCUUUAAUUACCGUAGCCUUUCAGGUACUAGCUUGUAGCUCAUUGGAUACAAUAUAUGUGGGUGAUAAGCCAUCAAAGGCUACUAAAAUGGUAAAUAAUGUUGUUAAUACUUUAAAAGUUGUAUUUAAAAGGCCAGUUUAA